AUGCGACUUCGCUGUUUUCUGGUAGGUGCCGCUACCAUCUUCUCUGUCACUGGCGCUGCUGUUUCAAGAGCCAAAAUAUCUCUCUCGGACCUUUCUAGCGGGACUGAUGCUCAUACUGCUGGCAAGGUAGCUGAGAGAUUCUUGCGAGCUAGCCACGCUACUGAUGGGGGCGGCGACGAAGAGAGAGCAGGAGGGGGGCUUUCCGUGCCUUUCGUAGAGAAAGUAAAGACGCUGGUCACGCCUCUGGUUGUGACGCCAGAUAUCAUUAGGAGGUGGCUCAAGAAAGAGAAAUCUGCUGCAUCGGCAUUCCAGCGCAUGCAUCUCCAGGAUGCCGGAGAUGAUCUCUUUCUGAACGAACAGUUCUUCAAGUGGGUCUCGUACGUAGACGAAUUCAAAGUGGUCACCAAGAAUGAAAAGCUUAACCCAAUCUCGACACUAGCUGCCAAGUACGGCGACAAUUCCCUCUACAAACUCAUUGAAAAGGCCAGGGAGAGCACGAACGUGAAAACGAAGGAAAUGGCAACGCAUCUUCAAGCAGAGCAAGUGCGGUACUGGAUAGAUACAAGAAAGGAUCCUAGCGACGUCUUUCAGCCCAAGAUCAAGUCAAGUCAGGAUAUCUUCAGUAAUCCUGAAUUCAGAUCUUGGGUCAAGUAUGUGGACGAUUUGAACGCAAAGUAUCCAGAGCACACUGUGUCAAUGGUUCCAGCAUUACGAAAAUAUGCCACGGAUGGUGAUUUGCUCCAGUUAACUUUGAAAGCGAAGAAGAUUGAUGCAACGAAAGCAUCGCAAAGAGGGUGGAGGACGAUGUGCUUCACUUCUGGUUGA